UGGUCAGGGAAGAAUAACAGAGGGAGGCAAGAAAAGGAUCAGACGCAGAAACAACAGAGAAACCAGCAGCAAAAGGCUUGUCCUUCAAUCCAAACAAGAUGGAUUCACCUCUUCGACCAGAGCUGUUUGAUUUCCAUGGAGUUGGCAUGGUCCACUAUUUCACAGACAACUGGGAGAACAUUCAAAACUUUCAGGCCAGGCCAGAUGAUAUACUUAUUGCAACAUACCCCAAAGCAGGGACCACGUGGGUCUCAUACAUCCUUGACCUGUUGUAUUUUGGCCAGACAUCUCCAGAGCGUCAGACAUCCAUGCCGAUCUAUGAACGAGUGCCUUUCUUGGAGAUCUGUGUCCCAACUUUUGAGUCAGGGAAAGAUAUGGCAGACAAGCUUCUCACCUCUCCUCGACUCAUUAAAACUCAUUUUCCAGUCCAGUUUGUGCCAAAGUCCUUUUGGGAGCAAAACUGCAAGAUAAUCUAUGUGGCUCGAAAUGCCAAGGACAAUCUGGUUUCUUAUUUCCACUUUAAUCGUAUGAACAUGGUUCAGCCAGAACCUGGAGACUGGAGCAACUUCUUCCAGAAAUUCAUGGAGGGAAAGAUGGUGUUUGGAUCCUGGUAUGACCAUGUGAACGGCUGGUGGAAGAAGAAACACACUUAUCCAAACAUCCAUUACAUGUUCUUUGAGGAUAUGGUUGAGGACACUGGACGGGAAAUAGACCAACUCUGCUGCUUUCUUGGUUUGUCUCCUUCAGCUGAGGAGAAAAACAGAAUUGCAGGUGGGGUGCAGUUUGAUAAUAUGAAGAAGAACAGCAUGGUCAACUAUUCUACGUUCGGAGCUAUGCAUCAGAAAAUUUCUCCCUUCUUGAGAAAAGGAAAAGUUGGUGACUGGAAGAACCACUUCACUGUAGCUCAGAGUGAAGAGUUUGAUGUUGACUACAAGAAAAAGAUGACGGAUACCACUCUUCAGUUACGCACUGAAAUUUAAACAGUACUGAACAGGCUGUGUGUCUGUUUGUAACUGAUAUUAUAUUAUUUAGACCUGAGAACUGCAAAUUAUUAAGACAAAAGAAAUAUAAUUCUUUAAAAACUAGAGGCUGUGAUGUAUCUGUAUGAAUCACAAAUAUUUACCAAUGAUGUAAUUAUCCAAAUAAAUUCUUAAAGAAAACAUUUAGGCUGAGUUUGUAUCAUAUCUCUGUAUGACUGUAUACUGCACAAUUUAUACUGAAGCUCUCAAAUAAGACAGAAAUCUGUGUGAUCAUUAACCCAAAGGUGUUUAUUUGUCUAUAUUUAGUCUGCUGUUUCUUGUCCUUGAUUAAAAGUAUGGUUUAUAUUUUCAUGGUAUAUUUGUAAUAAAACAAUAAUAAAACUCGUUCUUCUUGUUCAUUAAUGUUCAAUUUCAUUAUCUG